CCUACCCAAGCCCACCCUCCUCAUCACACCAAACCCGCUUUGAAAUUCUAAUCCUAUCUCGAACCACCGCCCCCAAUCAAUCACCGCCGCCGCGAAUGGAGCUCCUGGACGUGGUGCCGGCGGAAGCCAUCGCUCUCCGCCUCUACUCCCUCACCGCGGCGGCCAACACCGUCGUCUCGCUCUGCGCCUGGCUCGUCGCGGCCCUCGCCGCCGCCGCCGUCGGCCUCUGGCGCGUCCGCGCGGCCGGCUCCUCACACAAACCCGGCGGCGCCGUAGUCCGAAGUACCCUCGUGGACAACAAGAAGAUAGCAUCGGAAUCCUUUGACGGACCACGGCCUGCUCGGUCCGAGCCGGCGUCCCCAAUUAGCGAGCCGAGCUCGCCGUCCAAGGUCCGGUUCACGGCCUACUACGGCGGGACAGGAUCUGACGGCGGCGACGAUGGAGUAGUGGAAGGCGUCAAGAAAUGCGCGGAGAGGGACGAGGAUGAUUUCAACGGCGAGAGCGAGACGGCUGUGCUGAGACGGACGGCGUCGAUGAGGAUGAGGUCGACGAUUAAGGCGCCCUUGAUGGCGGCGCCGGACUGGGAGGAGAAGGAGAUGGCCCUCAGAAAGAGGGGCGAUUUGGGUUGGUACCGUCACCUCGACAUGGCGGUGCUCGAUGGCAGCGUCGUGAGGCUCUGGACCGGCGAGGUCACCGCGGCGGUGCAGGCCUCGCCGAGGGAGCGGCGGAGGGCAGGAUUGGAACUGCACUUGUCAGUAUAGAGACUGGAUUAUAAUGUGUAUAUUGUGGUGUAGGAUUACUGGAUUGUGAUUAGGGCGGUAUGACAAUUUUGUCCUUUGGGCAUCAGGGCAUGUCAUAUCUUUGAACUUUGAAGAGGGCCAAGGCUGAAAUGAACAGCCCUCGCCCCAGGACAUAAAUGAAAACUGGCAAUGCCAGUGUAUUCUCUCCCAGUUUCUUCCUUUCA